AUGAGAUACACGCAUCAAAUCAGCGGCUUCGCGAGCACCACUGGCGGCAAAGGGCACGCUGUUACUGGCGUCAGCCAAUUGUUUUCGGACCACUCUCCAGACCACGGCAGGAUCUGUUGCACUACCCUCGACCAUAACAUCCCUCGGGUGUCGUAUGCCGUGGCUGUCAAUGACAUUGAUCCUGCAACUAGACAGAUCCCUAUUGGUGUGAUGGCGGUCAGUAAUCUCGUUGAUGCCGGGUUGCAGACAGCUGAAGCUACGAUUCACUAG